CUGACAGUGCCCAUUUAACUAAAACAGGAGCAAAACUGAGGAUCAUAAAUGGCCAUGAAGCUGGCGCUAACUCCAGACCCUACAUGGCUUACAUACACAUUGAAAAUAGAAAAUAUGAAAUGAUAUGUGGAGGAAUCCUGAUUAAACCAAACUGGGUGGUGACUGCAGCUCAUUGUAAACUGCCCAGAUAUAAAGCAACUGUUAUUCUUGGAACUCAUUUAAGUGAUCCAAAUGCGCAUGAACAGGGAAGACAGACUUUUACUGUUAAGCAAAAGGUCAUCCAUCCGAAUUAUAACAGCAAGACAUUGAACAAUGACAUCCAACUCAUGAAAUUGCCAAUUAAAGCAAAGCUUGGGCGCAAAGUACAGCUUUUUGCUUUGCCCGAUACAUAUGAAGAUGUGAAUGAAGGAACAGUCUGUGAAACAGCGGGAUGGGGACUGACUGAGGAGAAAAAAGACGCUGAACGUCUAAUAGAAGUCAAUGUUUCAACCAUAAACAGACGGGAAUGCCAGAAACGUUUCAAAGGUGUGCAUACGGAAAUCACCGAAAAGAAGAUUUGCACUAGUGUGGGACCUAAGGGAGAGGACACCUGUGGAGGCGAUUCGGGUGGACCCCUGAUAUGUAAUGGCGUCUUCAGAGGAAUCCUUUCAUUUGGAAGUGAGCCUUGCGGGAAACAUAAUGGAGCAGCUGUGUAUACUCGCCUAACUGAGGAAUACAUAGACUGGAUAAAAGAAAUAAUAGAAUAAUAGUCAUAAAGCAUCAUUGCUACUUCUUAUAAUUAUGUUCUUUUUUAUCUUCAGCAGAUCCCCUAUAUCCAAAAAAAA